AGUCCGCGAUCUUUGUCCGCGCGCGUUUAUACGCCGUCGAACGCACUAUUUACCUUCACCGGACGUUAAACUUUAACUACCCGUUAUGAUACUGACACUUGUGACAGUUACCGCGCUUUGAAAUGUUCCACUCUUAAUAGAAGUGCAACCCAGUUUUGUUACGCAAACUAUGGAAAGGAAAAGCAUCUUAUAAUACAUAAACUUAAGAUCUACUAAACACAAACUUGAAAGUGCUUUAAAAAGUUAUAGCUAAAGUUAAGCUUAAGUUAUACAAUGUUCCGUCCGUCGUUGCUACGUGGCCUGAGUUUAGACUCUGAUCCUGGGUAUGGGCUUGAACUCGCCAGGAGCCGGAGGGCCUCGCUGUCCGCCGAGCAGCGGAGGAAGCUUAGCAUGUUGAGGACCUCCAGUAUACCGAGCCCACUGACUCCGAAAUACGUAGUUAGUACUGACCGGAGCGGUGACAUACAUGUUCAUGUACAGGGCGACCUGAGUCAGCAAGACAAACGAUGUGUAUUUUUAACAGUACACGACCUUGGAACAAAUCACUCGUCCCUGGUGGAUUUUGUGACUUGCCCCGCGAUGACAGAGAUAAAGGAGCGGUCCUGUUUCAUCCAUGUAGACGUCCCGGGACACGAGGAAAACUCACCUGAUCUACCCGACUCAUAUCAAUUCCCGUCUCUGCAGACUUUAGGAGAAGACCUUAUAACUGUCCUGGACUUUCUCCACGUCCGCUAUGCAGUUGGACUCGGUGAAGGUGCAGGCGCCAACGUCCUGGCCCGCUGUGGCCUCGCUCAUCCCCGCCGCCUUCUUGGACUCAUCUUAGUCAACUGCACAGCGUCCACCUCCUCUGUCGCCGACGCUUUCCGCAGCAGGUUCUCCAGGUGGAAGGGCACCGACAUCUCCCAGUCUGAAGAGGACUUCCUUAUCUAUCAUAAGUUCGGUCAUCAAAUUUCUACGGAUUCGUGUGAAGCUGGUGAGCGAGAGAGAAUGCUCACUGAUUACCGGUCCCGCUUGCGCGGUAACCUCAACACGCACAACAUCAAGCAGUACGUCAAGGCGUUCAUCAAUCGCAAAGACCUCAUGCUGAAGGGAUGUCAACCAGACAUACUGCUGAUCACUGGUAUGCUGAGUCCUUAUUCUACGGUAGUGGAGAAAAUGUACAAGGAGAUGGAUAAGGAUAAAGCAACUAUUCUGAAAGUCGAGAAAGUGGGUGACGUUCUUUCUGAGGCACCCGCUAAAGUGGCGCAGUCGCUGCUUCUGUUCUGCCAAGGGCAAGGGCUGCUGACGUCACUGCCGCCCCCGGGCGUAGAGCGGCGCAUGUCCCGCGCUAUGUCCAUGGAAGAGUACGACAAGCCCAACAUCAGGCGUCUCUCUCUCACGCCGAGCGCAUGCGAUUCCCCACCCCCAAGGAAACUCUAGGGACUUCGAAAGGCCGCUGAUUCCUUACCGGAGUAGCGGUCAGUAGGAUUAAAAGUGUAGUUUUUGAGACUUCGGGAUAGCUGUGUUCUAAUAAAUUAAUUUAUACAUUAGUGUAUGCAAAAUUUAGUUCUGCCCUGCAUCAUGUGAGUAAUGUAGUGUCGUUGAAAUAAUAUUUAGUAAAGUCAUGGCGAUUGCCCCUAUUCCACAUAUCCCUGCUGACAUAUCCCCACAGGUAGGGAUACUAGGAUAUUUUUUCCAAUUAUAGCUACAGGUAGGGAUAUAUGGAAUCGGUUACUCCACAUAUCUCCACCAAUUUGCACUUGUUAGGAUACUUGGAUUUUUAUUUCCAUUUAUCGCUACAAGUAAAGUUACCGCUACAAGUAAGGAUAAGUUUUCUUAUAUUAGAUAUGGCAUAUUAAGUGUUCAUAAAAUAAAACGUAAGUCAUGAAAACCAUUUCAAUACAAAGAAUGUAUGAGAAGGUAAAUUUGCGACAAACGCUAGUCAAAGGGUUUAGCCGGAAACGUAUGACGAGUCGGCCCCCAAAUGGGAAUCGAUAUCGAAACUUAUGUUUUAAUAUCGACUUGAUGUUCAAACACGAUUUAUGUACUUUUCGCGACCGACUUCCGCUUUGACCUUGAGAUAGAGAGCAAAAUAUCCGUAUGCUUGACUAUUACUGAAUGUGAUAUAUCUCGGAAGCUAAUUAAGAUAAAGAAGUGAAACUAACGCGAGGUGUUAGGUUACAUUACAGAGUAUAUCACAUAUAUUUUUUUAUAAUUUUUAGAAUAAAAAAUUACAU